CGAAGAGUGACCAAUUGAUUCAAUAUCAUCCUAAGAGGAAGAAGAAGAAGAAGAGAAGAAGAAAGAAGCGAUUUUGAUAAAAAUGGCGGCGGAUGCUCUGAGAAUUUCGAGUUCUACUUCUGGUUCGUUGGUUUGUAAUCUUAAUGGUUCACAAAGACGACCUGUUCUUCUCCCUCUGUCUCAUCGUGCCACCUUUCUGGGUCUUCCUCCUCGAGCUUCAUCUUCUUCGAUUUCUUCUUCAAUUCCUCAGUUUCUGGGUACUUCUCGUAUUGGGCUUGGUUCUUCGAAGCUCUCACACAAGAAGAAAUUCUCAGUCUUCGCUGCAGCUGAAGAGGCGAAGCGUGCUGUACCGCUUAAAGAUUACCGAAACAUCGGUAUUAUGGCUCACAUAGACGCGGGAAAAACUACAACAACUGAGAGGAUUCUUUACUACACAGGAAGAAACUACAAAAUCGGUGAAGUUCACGAAGGGACAGCUACAAUGGAUUGGAUGGAACAAGAGCAAGAAAGAGGAAUCACCAUUACUUCAGCUGCAACCACAACGUUUUGGGACAAACACAGGAUUAAUAUUAUUGAUACACCGGGUCACGUGGAUUUCACUCUUGAAGUUGAACGUGCUCUUAGAGUUCUCGAUGGAGCUAUAUGCUUGUUCGAUAGUGUUGCUGGUGUCGAGCCUCAGUCCGAGACUGUGUGGAGACAAGCUGAUAAAUACGGUGUGCCUAGGAUUUGCUUUGUUAACAAAAUGGACAGGCUUGGAGCUAACUUUUUCAGGACUAGGGACAUGAUUGUGACCAAUUUGGGUGCUAAGCCGUUGGUGCUUCAGAUUCCAAUUGGUGCUGAAGAUGUCUUUAAAGGUGUUGUUGAUCUUGUGAGGAUGAAAGCUAUAGUUUGGUCAGGAGAAGAGCUUGGUGCCAAGUUCAGUUACGAGGAUAUUCCAGAGGAUCUUGAAGAUUUGGCUCAAGAGUAUCGGGCUGCGAUGAUGGAAUUGAUUGUUGAUUUGGAUGAUGAGGUCAUGGAGAACUAUUUAGAAGGAGUUGAGCCUGACGAGGCCACGGUAAAGAGAUUAGUUAGAAAAGGAACCAUCACCGGCAAGUUUGUGCCUAUUCUAUGUGGUUCAGCCUUUAAGAAUAAAGGUGUGCAGCCAUUGCUUGAUGCUGUGGUUGAUUAUCUGCCUUCGCCGGUUGAAGUCCCGCCGAUGAACGGAACAGAUCCUGAGAACCCGGAAGUUACCAUUAUACGGAAACCAGAUGAUGACGAGCCAUUUGCUGGGUUAGCAUUCAAGAUCAUGAGUGAUCCUUUUGUGGGUUCUCUUACAUUUGUGAGGGUUUACUCAGGGAAAAUCUCGGCUGGUUCUUACGUGUUGAAUGCUAACAAAGGAAAGAAGGAGAGAAUCGGAAGACUAUUGGAAAUGCACGCAAAUAGCAGAGAAGAUGUUAAAGUGGCUUUGACAGGUGACAUUAUCGCUCUUGCGGGUCUCAAAGAUACAAUCACUGGUGAGACCCUGAGUGAUCCAGAAAACCCUGUUGUUCUUGAACGAAUGGACUUCCCUGAUCCCGUCAUCAAGGUAGCGAUUGAGCCAAAAACGAAAGCAGACAUUGAUAAAAUGGCGACAGGAUUGAUCAAGCUCGCUCAAGAAGACCCGUCUUUCCAUUUUUCCCGUGAUGAAGAGAUGAACCAAACCGUCAUUGAAGGAAUGGGAGAACUUCAUCUCGAGAUUAUCGUUGACAGACUUAAAAGAGAGUUCAAGGUGGAGGCUAACGUUGGUGCACCACAAGUCAACUACCGUGAGAGUAUCUCCAAAAUAGCGGAAGUGAAAUACACACACAAGAAGCAAUCAGGUGGACAAGGUCAGUUUGCUGAUAUUACAGUCCGGUUUGAGCCAUUGGAAGCAGGAUCAGGAUACGAAUUCAAGAGUGAGAUUAAAGGAGGAGCUGUGCCAAGAGAGUAUAUUCCCGGUGUCAUGAAAGGACUUGAGGAGUGUAUGAGCUCCGGUGUGCUUGCUGGUUAUCCGGUUGUUGAUGUCCGUGCUUGUCUAGUUGACGGAUCUUACCAUGAUGUGGACUCAAGUGUGCUAGCUUUCCAGCUUGCUGCAAGAGGAGCUUUCCGUGAAGGGAUGAGGAAAGCGGGUCCGAGAAUGCUUGAACCUAUCAUGAGAGUUGAAGUUGUUACACCAGAAGAACAUCUUGGUGAUGUCAUUGGUGAUCUUAACUCACGAAGAGGUCAAAUUAACAGCUUCGGAGACAAACCCGGUGGUCUCAAGGUGGUGGAUUCUCUGGUUCCAUUAGCAGAGAUGUUUCAGUAUGUGAGUACAUUGAGAGGGAUGACAAAAGGUCGAGCUUCUUACACAAUGCAACUGGCUAAGUUCGAUGUUGUUCCUCAGCAUAUUCAGAACAAACUUUCAGACAAAGAUCAAGAAGUUGCUGCUUAGAACAGAUUUUGUUUUGCCUACACUUAAAACUUUUUGUGAUUUUGUUUGGUCUAUUAUAUAGGCAUGUAAGCUAAUCAAAUUUGUUAUUGUCU